AGUUGUUAGUGUUUCACUUUUCCUUUCUGUCCUGCAGCUGGAGAUAAAGUCAUGGCUCGUCACAGGAGACAGUAUUUCGAUGGAGCUGCUGAAGACGGAGAAAGGAAACGCCACUGUGGCUCUGAACCGCCUCCGAGAGCUGCAGAACAUCUCCGCCUCCAGCCAUAAAACUGUGAUAUUGGCGUCCGGAUAUUAUGCAGCAUUCAGAGUGACACUGGUGGCCAAAGCACUGGAGGGCCUGUAUGAUGGAGCCAUUCACAUCACCACAGAUUACGAGAUAUUAACCAUCCCAGUGAAAGCUCUCAUCGCAGUGGGGACGCUAAGCAGCUCUCCGAAGCACAUCGUUUUACCGGCUUCGUUUCCAGUGAGUAACUCGGAGGCCUAAUUCCAAACCGACCCACACACACUUCCACUAUGUUUGCGCGUUCACAUGGAGGGUCCGCCAACAAGUGGGGAGUGUGUUAUCAAGCCCUCCAACAGCGAGUUAGUGCAGGAAUGAAAAAUGCUGUUUACAAAUAGUUCUGUGCAAACGUUUACUAGUAAAUUGCACCGAAUAAGCGACAUUUAAUAUUGUAUUUGAUGUAAACUUGAAGGUUAGACUUACGAUACGAUAAUUACUGUCAGAUCAAUCGGACAUUUUUCUUGCAUCGCAGCAGCUCCAUUUGCAAAAUCAAACAAGGUCACAUAUUAAGGCACGAUGCAAGGAAACAGACAUUUAACAUACCAUUACAAUCACUGAAAAAAGAACUAGUUUAAGACCCUCUAACGUACAUUUGAUCUGGGAUGUUUAAUUUGAGGAUGGACUGGUGCACAAAGGAGUGCUUCAGUCUUA